AUGCAGGAUCCAUCAGCUUUGCGUGAGCCGCUGCUGGCGUGCGCCCCCGCCGGCGCCGCGCUCAAGCCCCGCUUGACUACGCUGGAUUCGGUGGCGGUCGCACUUUCGCUCUCGCUGGGGGCGGGCGCGUGGGUCACGGCCGGCGUAGCCGCGCGCGACAUGGCCGGCCCCGCUGUCGUGCUGGCUUUCCUGAUCGCCGGGGCGGCGGCGCUGCUGGCGGCGCUGUGCUACGCAGAGUUUGCGGUGGCGAUGCCCACCGCCGCCGGCGUCUUCGACUUUGUCCGCGCCACCCUUGGCGAGCCCGCCGCCUGGGCGGUCGCGUCCACCCUGAUGACCGCCCACCUGCUCGCCAACGCCGCCGUCGCGCGCGCGCUCGGCCCCAACGCCGCCCAGCUCCUCGGCGUCGACGCGGCCGCGCUCGUGGCGCGCCGCGGCGGGUGGACGCUCGACCCCGUGGCCGCGGCGCUGGCGGCGGCAUGCUGCCUGGUGCAGCUCGCGGGCGCCAAGCGCGGCGCGGCGCUCAACAACGCCCUAAAUGCCUGCAAGCUCCUCGUCAUUGCCGCCGUCAUCGCCGCCGGCCUGGGCCGCGCCGACCCCGCAAACCUGGCGCCCUUUGCGCCGCGCGGCGCCGCGGGGGUGCUGGAGGCGGCGUCGUUCGUCUUUGUCAGCGUCUCCGGUUUUGACGUUGUGGCCAACAUGGCGGAGGAGAUGCGAGACCCGCGGCGCUCCCUGCCGGUCGCAAUCGUGGGCACCCAGGGGGCCGUCGUCCUCAUCUUCGCCCUCAUGGCGCUCUCCCUCGUGGGACUGCAGCCCGCCGCCCAGAUCAGCGCCGCCGCCCCCUUCAGCGCGGCCCUCGCCGCGGCCGGCUUCCGCCACGCCCGCCAGCUCGUCGGCGCGGGCGUCGUGCUGUCAGUGGGCGCCUCGGUCCUGGUCGGGGCGCAGGGCGUGGCGAGGCAGGCGCUCGGUCUCGCGCGCGCGGGGCUGCUGCCGGCGCCGCUGGCGCGGGUGUCGGGGCGCGCCGGGGCGCCGUGGGCGGCGGCGCUGGUGACGGGCGCGCCGACGGCUAUACUGUUGGCCUCGAUCCUGGCCGGCGCGGCCAGCCCCGCGGCGCUGCUGCAGCUCGCGGGCUUCGUGGCAGCUGCGGUCGCCUAUUACUACCUGCGCCGCCCCUGGCGGCCAUGA